UUUCUAUCAUCAGCAAGACAGUAGUUGUGAGUUGAGAAUUCUGGCUUCAGAUUGAGCUAAGUACAGUGGUUGAGCAAAGAUGUCGGGAUAUAUUAAGGCUGUAAGCUUUUACAUGGUGUUUGUAAUGAAUUGGUGUAAGCCUGCAGUUUCAUUUUCAGUAGUUGACUCUCUUCCAGGAUUUACUGCUCCACUACCCUUCAAACUUGAAACUGGACACACAGAGGUGGAUGAUUUGGAGUUUUUCUACUAUUUUAUUGAAUCAGAAAGGAACCCAGCAAAGGAUCCUCUACUGCUUUGGCUCACUGGAGGCCCUGGCUGCUCUAGUCUUUCUGGGUUUUUCCUUGAAAUAGGACCCCUGCGUUUUAACAUGGUGGAGUACAAUGGCAGCUUACCAACUUUUUUCCUGAACCAAUAUGCAUGGGCAAAGGUUUCAAGUAUAAUCUUCCUAGAUGCUCCUGUUGGUACUGGAUUCUCUUAUUCAAGGACCGCCCAAGGUUUCAAGACUGGGGAUAUGAAACAUGCUAUUAGUUAUUAUAAUUUUCUAAGGAAGGUUUAGACAAAUCUCUACUGCUAAUAUUGCUUGUACUUAAA